UUUUCCAUCGUAUUCAGGAAUUAGUUUAUUAGCAUUUAAGUUAAUCUUCAUAUCCUGGAGUUGGGUAUUUCAUUUAUUGGAGGAGGUGCUUAAAGAAUAAUACUUUUUACCGGAUAUCCGGAUAGCACAACACGGAAAUAUGACGUCAUCCUGGAUAUUGGCUGCUUGUGUUGCUCUGAGCUUAUUCACUAAGCUAUCAGCAGAUGCUUCUGUAGACGCAAAAUGUGAAGACGCACAAAUUCAAACAUGCGAUGCCUGCAUACAAGCCCAUCCUAAAUGUGCAUGGUGUUUGGAAGGGGAAUUCAAUGCAAAUAUUAAGAGAUGUAGAUCAAUAGAUAAAUUCAACGAACUCGGAGGAUGCAAAGACGGCAAAAUGGAAAAUCCUCAAAGCAAAAAUACUCCAACAGAAAACAAAGACUUCUCAAUUCCAGGAAAAGUAUCCCCUAACGACAAUAUCGUUCAAUUGAAACCACAAAAAAUUCAUCUUGAAUUAAGAAAAGGUGAAUCCAUGAAAUUCAACGUAACAUUCCGAAAAGUAAGUGAUUAUCCUGUGGACCUUUAUUACGUCAUGGAUCUCUCACAUUCCAUGACGGACGAUUUACAGACGUUACAAAGUCUUGGCACGUCACUUGCAAACGAUAUCCGAAGUAAUGUCACACAGGAUAUUCAACUUGGUUUCGGUACAUUUGUCGAUAAAGUAAUGAUGCCAUUUGCCAGCACUGUACCUGCACAAUUGAAGAAUCCCUGCUUUAAAAAUCAAGAUGGUGGCCAGUGUGCACCUCCGUUUGGAUUUAAACAUCAACAGAAAAUAUCAGAUAAUCUUAAUGCGUUUCGAGAUGCUGUGACGGCUACACAAAUUUCUGGCAACAUUGAUUCGCCCGAAGGAGGGUUUGACGCACUCAUGCAGAUUGCCGUUUGUACAAACGAAAUUGGAUGGAGAGAUGAAUCUACCCAUCUUGUUGUGUUUACAACUGAUGCAUCAUUUCAUAUGGCUCUCGAUGGAAAACUCGCCGCCAUCUUGGAAAUGAAUGAUUUACAAUGCCAUUUGGAAAGGGGAGCAAAUCCGUACCUGCCAGAAGACAUCGUGUACAGUAUGAGCAAAGAACAAGAUUAUCCAUCCAUCGGUCAACUAAGACACGUUUUCAACAAAUACAAAAUUCAACCAAUUUUUGCUGUCACAGAGGAGGUCAAACCUUUGUAUGAUGGACUCCGAGAACUUAUUCCGAACUCACACGUCGAUCAACUCGCUAAAGAUUCAAGCAACAUUAUCGGUAUCAUUAAAGAUGCGUACAAUAAUUUGAAAGGAAAAUUGGAAAUGUCAUGGAGAGAUAAACCAAAGAAUGUCGAUAUUAAAUAUAGAGCAUUAUGUCCCAGUGAAAGCGAUUGGAAAGAAAUGUCACUGAAAUGUGACAACAUUACCAUUGGUAGUGAGGUUGUGUACGAAUUUGAAAUGACUGCAAACGAAUGUCCUGGAGAGAAGGAAGAAAUUGCACCGAUGACGUUUACUUCAAGUUCAUUGAAAGAAUCUGUGACAAUUACAUUCGAUUUCAAGUGUGGGUGUGACUGUACUGGUACUCCGGUUGCUGACAGUCCAGAUUGUAGUACAAAUGGAUCUUUGGUUUGCGGUCUCUGCCAGUGCGAUGCAGAACACGAAGGAGCCAAAUGUCAAUGUAUUAGAGAACAGAAAGAUGUCGCCUUGGUUGGAAAAUGUAAAAAAGACGGACCAACGGAUGAAAUAUGCGAGGGCAAUGGAGCUUGUGAGUGUGGUAAUUGUACUUGUAAUGAAGGUUAUUCCGGAACACAUUGUGAAUGCAGUAACAAAGGAUGUCCAAAAGACGAGAAUGGAAAACCAUGUGGAGGCGGCGAGAAAGGAACCUGUCAUAGCUGCAAUAAUAACGGACGUUGUGAAUGCAAAAACGGUUGGACACGAGAUGAUAAACUUCACACUUGCACAUGCCAUGAAAAACUCUGCAAAGAUCCAGCAAGAAACGAUUCUCUGAUUUGUAGCGGGCACGGAUCAUGCGAAUGCAAUCGAUGUGUAUGCGAAGACGAAGGGAAAUAUUGGAGUGAAAAAUACUGUCAAACAUGUAUUCAUCCCAAAUGCAAAGGUCCGACACCAACUUGUGAAGGUUCUCAGUUCGUCACCUGUGCUGUCUGCGUCAACGAGGCACAAAGACAAGGAAACAAUGUCGGAACCGAAUGCGAAGAAGAAUGCAAGGACGUUGAAAAGAAAAUGGUGACAAAGAUACCGGAUUGCAGUAAUUGUGAAGACGAAAACUGCAGAAGAGUUUGCUUAGAACUGGACACUAACAUAGCGAUACCGAGUGAUUGCAAAACUCCGUUGCCACAGAGUGAAUGUGAAAUUGUCUUCCAAGUUGUCUGGUUCAAAAAUAACAACGAGUUUGGAAUUGUAGUCAAGGAAUACAACAAAGAUACAGAUUGUCGCAAACCAAUAAACCCAAUCUAUAUUGUUCUUCCUAUUGUUGCUGGUAUCGUUUUGCUUGGAUUGCUUGCUCUCGCUGCUUGGAAGAUUUAUCAAACAAUAAGAGACAAAAAAGAAUGGGAGAACUUUGAAAAAGAAAUGAAACAAUCUAGAUGGACUAAGGGUCAGAAUCCGAUCUUCCAGAAGCCAUUCACAAAAUUCCAGAAUCCAACUUAUCAAGGUAAAUAAGCUAAUGUAAAGGAAAAUAAAGAAAAAAAGAAAAAAGUUGGAGGACAUUAACCCAGUAUUUGUCAACCCUGCAUCAACGUUUGAAAAUCCAUCAUAUGGAGGAGAUACUUGAAUGAACUGCUGAUACUUCUCGUCUUUUUCUGAAUGUACAUCGGGAUACACACUCUUUAUCAUUUUUAUAUGUUAAUGAAUAAACUAUGUUGCUUUUAAUAUAAUGUGGAGAAACAUUACUAAAUUUUACUCUAUAUACUCAAUUUUUAAUUCAGGAGUUAAGUUACCUAUCGUCAGUAUAUGGCGAUGUAAGUAUUCGAACACAUGUUCCGAAAUCUAAGAUAGAUUUUCAAAAUGGAGGAUGGUAAACAAUUUUGAUGGUAGUAAAUUACUUUCAAUAAAUUUUUGAUGUAGUAAUUGUUUUUUUCUAACAGUUUACUGUUCAAAUAGGUCCAUAUUUCUAGAUCGAGUUUUUGGACGAUUCGAAAACAUACAUUAUAUCCUGAGAUGGAAACGUUCAGAGCAUAUAGUUGAUAUACUCUCUUUUCAUUGUGAUGUGUACUACUUUAUUCUUUUUAUGAUUAUUUCAAUCAUGACAAUUUCUUAUUUUGUAACGUUGCUGUUUUUUUUUAUUGUUAUUACUAUCAUUAUUGACAUUGUAUAUACUGUUAUCAACUGGUAGUUGGAAAAAUCAUAGGACUCCCUACUUUAUUUAUGAUAAUUAAAAUAAUUGAAAGCACAGAUUAUAAUAACCGCAUAUAAUUAUAGUAAAAAGCGGAUGAAAUAUUUUCAUGGAUUUUUUUUUAGAUUAAAAUAUAACCAUACGUCCAUAUGAUAUUUUAUAUUUAUUGGAAUAUCGAUAAAAUUAAACUCGGUUUUAAACAAUUAAUGAACUAAUAGUUAUGAUUUCAUCAGCUAAAUAUUUUGACAAAUUAUGAAUCUUAUGAGACAUUUAAUAUAUUUUUUGCCCGAAUUUCCUGCACCAGUAAUAUUUUAUUAAUAUCUGCUAUCAUAAAACAUUUUUUAUUUUGAAGUCUGUAUUUUCUCGUUUCGUAAAUUCCUCAUCAUUACCCAGUGAGAAAAGUUCCAAUAACACCAGCCUAGUGCAUUAUUAUUAGUGAAUGUUGCUAUAAUUCCUUUGUGAAUUAGAAUUUCAUUUGUGUAGCGUAUUCUAGUCUACUACUAUUUGCAAUCAUGUUUUAUCAAUUUGAUAUUUUUUCCUUUUUUGCAUUUAUGUAUUAAUCAUACGCACUACUAUUUUUAAUGAAAAUGAUUGGAUACGCUGAAAUCGCUCAAUAAAUAAAUGUUAACGGAACUAUA